CGGCUAGGAGCUGGGCGGGGGCCGGCCACGUGCCCGGCGGUUGUGGCGUCGGGGUAGCGGUCGGCGGGGAUGAGCAUGGACUAAACCCGCCAGCCAACGUGCACCUUGCCGGAGCCUUCAGCCUCGUGCCUGGCCCGUCACCCCCGUGCGCGCGCCAGGCCUGUGUGCACCUAGGCGCUCUGGUGCUGUGGCAGGGUUCCUGGGCGGUGCACGUUCUGUAAUGGCAAGAGUUGAUGCAGAAGGUCCUCAAAUGACUGAAACCUCCUUUCUGCCUGGACAUUGAGCUGAAGAAUUUCAUCAUGGGUCAACAGAUUUCAAACCAGACACAGAGUGCUAUUAACAAGUUGCCAGAAAAAGUAAUAAAACAUGCAUCUUUGGUUCGAGAAAGUGGCUUUCUGACUUAUGAAGAGUUUCUGGGGAGAGUAGCUGAACUUAAUGAUGUCACUGCAAAGUUGGCUUCUGGCCAGGACAAACAUCUUCUGUUUGAAGUGCAGCCAGGUUCUGAUUCUUCUGCUCUUUGGAAGGUGGUGGUUCGAAUAGUCUGUACUAAGAUAAACAAAACAAGUGGCAUUGUAGAAGCUUCAAGAAUUAUGAACUUAUAUCAGUUUAUUCAGCUUUAUAAAGACAUCACAAGUCAAGCAGCAGGAGUUCUUGCACAGAACAGUGCCUCUGAAGGGACUGCUGCAAGUCUGUCAGCUGUGUCAUCUUGCCAGGCCAGCUUAUGGAUGGGAAGGGUUAAACAGCUGACUGAGGAGGAGGAAUGUUGCAUCUGCAUGGAUGGACGUGCUGAUUUGAUCCUACCAUGUGCUCACAGCUUUUGUCAGAAAUGCAUUGAUAAAUGGAGUGAUCGCCAUAGGAACUGUCCUAUCUGCCGUCUACAAGUGACUGGGGCAAAUGAUUCUUGGGUGGUGUCAGAUGCACCUACAGAAGAUGACGUUGCUAGCUAUAUAUUCAACAUGGUAGAUGAGGCAGGCCAGCCUCACAGACCAUGAUGUUGGUGACUACUGAUAGAAGUACUUGAAAGUUUCAUUGUCAUGAAUAUCUGCUUUUUCCUCUCAUUCUUAUUCAUCCAUUCUUCAUUUCAUCUUAGGUGUCUCUUAGGUUGCUGUAAGCUAAAUCUACACUUUUCUUUUAAAACACAGGGAAAAUGAGCUAAUAUGUCUGGGUGCAUUCUUAACUUUUAAUAGGUAGCUUCAUUAAAUGCUCUGAACUGUUAAAGUAAACUUUACAAGCGUUACUGAUUUAACAUCUUUUCUGACAAGAUUAAGAGCCAUUGGAAUAAUUUUAUUAGUAUUAAUUAUAACAUAAUAGCAUUGCGCACCAGAUUUUUGAACACCACAAAUAGAACUUUAUUAUAGAAGAUGCAGUGUUUUAUUAUUAAAGGGCCUGCCAUGCAGCCUUUCUCCUCAUAAGUAAACCUUAUUCACACAGCUAGUCUGACUGACUUCAGUGGGAUGACUCACAGGAAUAAAGAUUGUUAACACGAGUUAGGAUUACACAAUUGUAACUAAACUAAAAUUUUAUUGAUGAAAUUUGAAAAGCAUCUUUUGCCCCUUCACUGACCCGUGGUCAUUUGUUGCCGUUUAGUAUUUAUAUAUUGAGUCAAACCACUACUAAUUUUUAGCAUAGAAAACUGUUCUAAAUCUAUUCUUAGAGAUUACAGAAACCAGCCAUGUCAACAUGUGUGUGCUUUCCUUUUUUCCUAGCAGAGUAAACCUUUUAGAAGGCUAUUUUAUCUGAUAUUCUAAAGUUUCAUAGGUAACGAAGCAAUGCUAAACAGCUUCACACACAGUUCCUAAGGUUAAAACAAUAUAUUUUUGAUGAGCUACAGCCAAAAAUUGUCAUAUGCACUAAGCAUAUCUGAAAAGAACUCACUUAACUGAAAGACAUUGUACAGUAGCUGUCAUGGUUUUGUUUAGUCUUGAUGCUUUUGGCUUUCUCCAUUUUUCCUGAGUUUUCAGUCACAACAUUAUGCAUACCUUAAAGAAAAAGAGAGAAGCUAAACUGGUGCUGUGCUUUAUUUCUACAAGUGCAAUAUGUCUUUCUGUAGCAGAGAAACUUUUGCUUUGAUAACAAUAGCUUCAUUUUGCUUCUAAUAGAAUGUAUAGCUCUGAAAAUCUGGGGAAAAGGAAGUAGUGAUAGAAGUUCAUCAAGAUAUUUCUGUAGUGUUUUUGCAGUGAAAUUUUUAAGUUUGUUUAUUUUAAAAAAAAACAAAAC